CAGAGAUUCGAGUCCUUCAUGCAGACCUUGUUAUCUUCGGCGUGGUCCGUGUGAAGGAGCCUCGUUAGCCUCUAAGCUGAAGCCUCACCAUCCUGCCACUAACGUUGCUUGCAGGUGGUCCAACCACGGGAAAAUUCACUCCUGCGAGGACAAAGUCGGGCUCGACCAAUCUUCCUGAAGGCGUUGUACACAUUUACCGAGAACCAUCGCAAGAGAGUACGAGCGAAGCAGGCCCCUCUACGUCGUCUGGAAACAAUUCUGCACCGGCAAGCCUGGAUUGGGAUGGUGUCACCUUGGCGGUCCUUGCUGUGCCUUCUUGGAUGACACCUUCGGACUUUCUGUCUUUCGUCGCCCCCGCUGCUGAGGGCAUGGCCCACCUGCGCAUGAUUCGGGACUCAGCUCCGAACCGCUCCAUUGUGGUGAUCAAGUUUCGCAACGCAGAAGAUGCAGCCGAGUUUGUCGAGGCGUAUAAUGGCAAACAAUUUAACUCCAUGGAGGCCGAGAUCUGUCAUGUCGUACGGAUUCUUUCUGUGGAGAUUGCAGCUGACGACAUCGUCGGGCAGUCGAUUACAAAACUCUGCUCUGCUCAGGGAGAGGCGUACGAACUUCCUACAUGCCCAGUGUGUCUGGAGAGGAUGGAUUCUGCGGUAACGGGCCUCGUUACCGUGCCGUGUGCCCAUACUUUCCAUUGCACAUGCUUGAGCAAAUGGGGUGACAGUCGUUGUCCGGUUUGUCGGUACUCCCAGACACUGAUGUCCUCACAUCCUGUGUCAUCCAAUACUUCACGGUCCAACGUCCCCAUUCCCUUCACCUCGUCACCUUCCUCAUCGCGCUGCUUUGAUUGCCCAGACGAUUCUUCAUCGACGUCUAACCUGUGGAUUUGUCUCAUCUGUGGGAACAUCGGCUGCGGACGCUAUGGACGAGCACAUGCACACGCCCACUAUGAGCGCACGACCCACCUGUACGCCUUGGAGCUCGAGACCCAGCGAGUCUGGGACUACGCCGGCGACGGCUACGUCCACCGGCUCAUCCAGAACAAGGCUGACGGCAAGCUCGUCGAGCUCCCCUCGGCCGCGUCGUCGAUGACCACGGGCGGCAGCAACCGCGACGGCGGCGGUGGGCCGAGCGCCGCCGACGCGCUCAGCGCCGAGAAGAUCGAGGCGAUCGGCAUCGAGUACUCGUACCUGCUCACGUCGCAGCUCGACUCGCAGCGGACGUACUACGAGGCGCAGACGGCGGAGAUGCGCGACGAGGUCGGCGCGCUCAAGAGCCUCGUCGAGCGGCUGAGCGCCGACGUCGAGGAGGGCCGGCGGCGCUCCCGGGACGAGGAGGCCCGCCGGCAGGUCGAGGCGGAGGAGCGCGCCGCAGAGGUCGACCGCGCGCGGACCAGGGCGGAGAAGCGGGCGGAGAAGGCCUGGGAGCUCGCGCGCUCGCUCGAGAGGGAGCUCAAGGGCGAGCGGGCGGUGGGCGAGGGCCUGCUGAAGAACCUGGCGGCGGCGAAGGAGCGUGCGGGGAAGGCGGAGGAGGAGAAGGAGGAGCUGAAGGCGAAGGUGGCGGAGCUCGAGGACCAGCUGCGAGACGUCAUGUUCUUUAUCGAGGCCCGGGACAAGAUCGAGAACGGGGAGGGCGCGGUCGCCGAGGCUGCCGGAGGGUCGCUCGGCGUGUCGUCACCGGCAACGAACGGAUCGGCGAGGAGGAGGAAAGGCAAGAAGCGAUAGCGAGCUCACCGGAACGCAGGCAGAUCGUGCAUGCCCGAGUGGUAUUCCUGUCUGACGGCUCACACUUGCCCCAGGACGCCAGCCAUCGCUCUUUACGAUGAUCCUCGCCCACGUCGUUGCUGCUGAGAUCAGAUAACGGGCGACGCGUCCCGUGCAGAGACUCCAGCGGGAGGCCGUUGUGCGACUAGGUUAUCGCCAUCCAGGUCAGCAGAGUCCUCCUUUCCGGCAGGGCCGGCGUGCCCUCCUACACCCGCUUCGCGCCGUCCGCCCACGCGCCCGCGCGCCCCGCCGUACUUUCCUCGGUAGCGUAAAAUAAACCUCUGUCGGUGGCUAUGCCGCAGCCUGGCGCGAGCCGCGCCCUUCUCGAGGAUCGCGAUCGUCGUUCUCCAGGGUCC